AUGGAGUAUUCCCAUAGAUAUAACCAAGGAAUUAUGAAUGCUAGACGCCAUUAUAAUAUAAUAUUAUCUCAUAUUGAAUGUUUAAUUGAAAAAAAUAAAUUUUUAGAAUACGCGUUUGGAAUUAGUUUUUCAGAAAUACCUGUAACAUUUAACGAAAGAAUAACUAAUAUUGUUGCAUACAAAAAGAUGUUACACUGUUUAGAGACCGUUAAAUAUCAAAUAAGUGAUAAUAAAGAACUUAAAGAUGAGCACUUCGAAAGAAUUGAAAUAUUAAAGUUAAAAUUAGAAAACAAACUAAAUAUGGUAAUAUUAGAAAAUGAAAACCGGCUUGAAAAUAUGAACAAAAAUCUAUACUCACAGUUAAAAUCAGAAACCACUAGAGAUGAAAUUUUUGAAAAUAACUUGACCACAUUUGUUGCAAAAAAUUAUUUGGAUCAAUCGGUAGCCACUACAAAAGAUAAUAUGGAACAAGAAACUAUAGAUUAUUACAGGUUUGAUAAAAAAACGAUAAAUGAUCAAUUUAAAGACGAAUUGGUUGAACUAGCUGAAGCAAUGAAGUAUUCUGCUUUCAAAUUUCAAGAACUACUUGGAAAAGAAAGAAAAGUAAGUUUUAAAGAAAGAAAAAAAAAUUGA